AUGGAUGGAAGACAAGCUGCAUCCGUGCCGCCCAAGAAGCGCGUCAGAAAGUCUCGAGGCCGUGGCCUGCGCACCAAAACAGGGUGCUUGACUUGUCGCGAGCGACACAAGAAAUGCGACGAACAGCAACCGGUCUGUGGGCCAUGCAGCAUCUCGUCUCGUCACUGCGUCUUUCCCCAUCUUUUUCAAGAUGCGGACAGAAGAUCAAGCCCAGCUACCUCGCACAACGACCGCGUGACUGCGCGUCUCGGAGACAAUGGCAGCCAGUCACGCGUCGAUGAGCUCCCGCAAUCGAUCGGCUCAACAGAGUCCACCAGCCUCGAGUCGCAGAUGUCGUCGAUGCAGCAAGUCUCCCAGCCUCCCGGGACGUAUGACGCAGCUCACGCGCCCUACGUGAGCCAACCUCGCGUAACGGCGGGAGUGACGUUCGGCGACGUGUACAGCUACUCUCCCGAGACCGUCGCAUCCGAGCUGUGGACCACCGAUCUCGCCUCGACGCGAUGGCUCGGCCUGCUCGCCACCGACGCGGCGCAGGCAGACAGUGGCUUCUCACUCGCCCCGAGCCCCGCCCCGGAGGAUGAGGAACAGAGGCGGGCGGCGGACCUGCAUGGCCCGCCCGAUGCAACCAACCUCGAGUCUCGGCUGAACGAAGUCUCAGAUCCAGAGCGGAAAACUUGGCAGGCGGAUCGGGAUAUCACACUGUCCAACCGAGAGGCCGUACUCUUUCGUCACUUUACGGAACGAUCGGCUCUUUGGUUGGACUUCUUGGAUCCCAGGAAGCACUUCUCUACCUAUGCAGUCCGCUUGGCUUUGAGGAAUGCAGGUCUGAUGAAUGCAAUCUUGGCUAUGUCAGCUAAACACCUCUCAAAAUUGGGAGGAGGAUAUAGGAACUCCAUUGGCAGCAAUGAAGACACAGAGGAGGACCCCGGCGGAGAGUGGGUUCGGUACUAUUACGAGACUCUCCGCUACGUUCAAGAAGCAUUGGCAUGCACCAGCUAUACGGCUUCAGAAGAGCUCAAUGCCACGGCCAUUGUAAUCUCAGCAUACGAGAUGUUGGAUGAAUCAGACGGUCGAGGCAAUUGGCAACGACACCUGAAGGGCGUCUUCUGGAUCCAACGAUCUCAAGACGUCAAUGGGGCAUCUGGCGGACUGCGACAAGCAGUCUGGUGGGCUUGGCUUCGCCAGGACAUUUGGGCUGCUUUUCGCGAAAAGAGGCGUUGCCUCAGCUUCUGGGCCGCAGACAAAGACUUUGGUGAACUUGACCCACAUGGACUGGCUGACAGGGCCAUCUACCUGCUAUCGCGAGCCGUCAACUACUGCGCUUACUCUCGCAUGAUAGAGUCUUCGUCUUUGACUGAUGUUUCAGCUUCGGGGAAUAGAGCGAGGGCCGGAAGCGAAAUGCUAGCUGAGAUAGAGCGAUGGAAGUCGUUUCUGGGGACUGAGUUUAGACCCCUCCCGACGUCAACAAGUCCGUCCGAUGUCUUCACGCCGCUUUGGGUUCAUCCUCCCGAAUUUGGAGUUGCUCUUCAAGCGUACUCAUUCGCAAAGAUCCUUGUUCUCCUUCACAAACCGGUGUCUUCAGGGUUUGAUGUAUAUAUGAAGAUGCAACGAGCACUCUCAGAGGCGGUAGAUACGAUCUGUGGCAUUGCAAUGGAAUCCACAGACGAGGGGUGCCAAUUACUCUCAGCACAGUGUCUGUAUGGGGCGGGCCUAUGCGUACAAGACGCGCUAAAGAGGAACACUAUUCUGUCUCUGAUUGAGAGAAGUGAAGAGAGAGUCGGAUGGACUCCGAUGGCGACGUGGCGAGAUGACUUGAGGGAGGCAUGGGCAAAUGCUGAUAGUCAAAGUCCGGACGUGAUGCGUUGA